AAAUAAGGAAAACCCCCAAAUCCCAUCCGCUCUGAUCUCCAUUUCUGCGAUAUCUGAAGCUCUCUUUGGCUUUGACCAACCACCAAAUCCAUCCAUUCCUCCUUCCUCCGCCAUGCUCCGCUGCUAAAUCCCCUGAAAGCCGCUAUAUCCCCCGAUUUCACGAGAUUUCACGACUACCUAGAAGCCGGGUUUCUCAGAUUUCGUAGCUCUGGUUCACGAUCUGGAGCGGGUUUUGCUGCAACGUUCAGGUUUAGGGGUUUCGAAGAGCAUACGAUAAUGCCUUCGGUGCCCGCUCGCCUCCUCCUACGACCCUCGGUCCCUAACUUGACUUCCUUCCACGGCGGCUCUUGCUCUCAUCGUCUGAAACAUCUCGAAAAAGGUGAUCGGCGCGGUAAUCUUAGUUAACAUUAGGUCUAAAUCUCACUUGGGUUCGUUUAUCUUGUGGUUCUUGCUCAGCUUCCCAGUCUGUAGCGAAGUUUAGAGAGUUCUCGUCGAGAUUUCUUCGAGAAAUCUGAGGUUUUAAGGAUCGAAGAAAUCCUCGUUAAGGCUUUAAAAAGUUUGGAAUCGUUUUGUUAGAUCUUGGUGCGAAGGUUGUUCUUUCUGCUAACUUUAUUCGAGAAUUUGUUAUUGUAGAUGGACAUAAGCUCUCCUAGUGGGAAAUCGGUGUUGCUAAAUGUAGACCGUUUGCAAGGUUUGCAGCCUUCUGCGAACCAAGAGCAAAUUCGUACUUUGCUUGAAGAUUAUUUAGUAAGCGACCUUGUAAGUGCUGUUGGUGAGUCCUUGAAUAUCAGAGGUAUUGGAGAAGAGUCGAUUGAUGUUAAAGAUGUUAGUGAAGAGUCUUUUGAUUCCAAAGAUGUUGGAAAAGAGUCGAUUGAUGCCAAAGGUGUUGGAGAAGAGUCGAUUGAUGCGGCCAAAGGUGUUGGAGAAGAGUCGAUUGAUGCGGCCAAAGGUGUUGGAGAAGAGUCCAAAGAUGUUGGAGAAUUGUCCAUUGAUUCCAAAGAUGUUGGAGAAGUGUCCAUUGAUGCCAAAGAUGUUGGAAAAGUGUUGAUUGAUGCCAAAGGUGUUGGAGAAGAGUCGAUUGAUGCCAAAGGUGUUGGAGAAGAGUCCAAAGAUAUUGGAGAAUUGUCCAUUGAUUCCAAAGAUGUUGGAGAAGUGCCCAUUGAUGCCAAAGAUGUUGGAAAAGUGUCGAUUGAUGCCAAAGAUGUUGGAAAAGAGUCGAUUGAUGUCAAAGGUGUCGGAGUAGUGGAACAUGCUCCUGAUGGGGAUAAUACUAGUGGUGUGGAAAAAAGAAACACAUAUGAAGUUCCUAAUGCACAACAGGGAAACGUCACUCAAAAAUGCUUGAACAAGUGUGCAACCUUUCCUAUUCCUACUGGUGUGCUCUCUCCUAAUGCCUCAAGCAUAGUAAAGGAGGAACCAGAAGAAGUGCUAUGCGGGGAUGAAAAUCAUCACCAUGCCUACUCGCGCUCGGUGUCUUUGCCUUCUCCUUCGAAGCUACUUUCUGCCCUAAAAGGUAGCCGGGCAAAAGAGGGAUUAUCACCUGGGAAACUUUCUGUCAAAUGGGCCCCUGAUGUGUAUGAUCCGCCUGCUACAUCAAUGUCGCAUACAGUGACUGGCAAGAAACAGCAGAAGUCAAAGAACAAGAAAAAUUGGAAGAAAGAUGGAAAGAAGGGGCAAAAGAGCAGUUCUUCACGAGGAAAAGAUAAGAAGCAAUAUCGCAAAUCUGGGUCUUCUGGGAGGUGUUACAGAUCAAUGGAUCCCCGUGAAACAUUGGUUGACACAAACAAUGGUUUUGGUGAGCUUGUGUUAGGCAGCCCAGACCGGCCUUCUUAUUGUGGGAGCUCCAUCUUGAAAAAUUCGCUCGCUAACAUGCAUUACCCGGUUGCUGAAGCCUCGUAAGUAAAAACAUAUAUAUGUUGCGAAUAUCACAACCUCCGUUGUGCACAUAAAUAAGUCACUCGAGACAGUUUUGUUGAUGAGUGUUUGAGAAAACUUGGAACAAUCUGCUACUCUGGUCAUGUCCGUGUUGUUGACCCAGCGUGGUGAUUUCUUUGCGUGUUGUGUCGUUGCUAUGCUUCUUUCGGAGUGGCAAUUUGUAAUUACUGUGUUUGUGGCAUGCCUUUCUACUGUGAAUCGACUUUUCGCUCACAGAACGCUCUUAUUGGGUUGCCCCUAUUAUGAUAUGCUAGUUAUCUGCUUAUCAA